GCGAGGAGGGCAUUAAGAGCAUUAAAGGCUUUAGUAAAGCUUCAAGCGUUAGUGAGAGGACACAUAGUGAGAAAACAAACCGCAGAUAUGCUUAGAAGGAUGCAGACUCUGGUUCGUCUCCAAUCUCAAGCUCGUGCUCGAGCCUCUCGUUCUUCUCACUCCUCUGUUUCUUUCCACUCCUCGACCGCUCUAUUAUUCCCAUCUUCCUCUUCUUCUCCGCGUUCUCUCCACACUCGAUGCGUUUCAAACGCUGAAGUCAUCUCUAUGGACCACCGUGUUGGCUCUAAGCGGUUAGAUUGGCAAGCCGAGGAAGUCCAAGACGAAGACAAGAUCCUAGAAGUGGAUACUUGGAAGCCUCAUUUUCAUUCCAAACCGCUACGUUCAGAGAGAAACAAUGAGUCUCCGAGGAAAAGACAACAAUCUUUGUUGGGUCCAAGAAGUACAGAGAACAGUCCUCAAGUUGGGUCUAGUGGAUCAAGACGAAGAACUCCAUUUACGCCGACAUCAAGAAGCGAGUAUUCUUGGGGAUGUAAUAACUAUUACUACUCGGGUUAUCACCCGAAUUACAUGGCUAACACAGAGUCUUAUAAAGCUAAAGUCCGGUCACAGAGCGCACCGAAACAGAGAGCUGAGGUCUCUAAUGAUACCAGUGGCUACAAGAGAUCUGUUCAGGGACAGUAUUACUACUACACGGCGGUUGCAGAAGAGAGUACGGAUGUUGGAAGCCCCGGUUACUACGGAGGAGGACUUUCUGAUCGAUUGAAUCGUAACCAAAGCGCGAAAUCGAGGAUGCAUUCUUCGUUUCUUGUUUAGAUUUUGAUUCUCUUUUCUUUUCUUUUUUUUUUGUGGUUUGAGUUUGGUAAUUUUCCAGGAGCUAAAAAGUAUUAACACUGGGGGAUGUGUAAAUUGUUUUUAACAAGUUUCGAUUGCUUGCAAAAGAAGGAACAUAGCUCUGUUCUCUCUUA